AUGGGCUCAAAUGGUCACAGACAAUCGGUGGCACCAUCGUUUAACCCACCUCCCCUUCCACAUCAACAUAGAGUUCCCUCACAUCAAUUGUCAAUAACAAACUUGAAACGUUCGUUGUCAAAAUCUUCUUCCAUUUCCUCUUUAAAAUCAAUAUUAAGGCUUCAUGGAAAUAAAAAUGGCGAAGAAGAUACGGUUGAAGAAUCCAAAACAACCAAGAGGAAGAAAAUCCAAUUAUUCAAUGAACAUUCCUUCAAAAGAAAGAAGUUGUUGAGACUUUUUUCAAGCGAGAGAUUUCAUCGUGAAUCUUCAACUCCUGAACAACAAAAAUCUCAAAAACAAGAAGUCAAUGAUAGUUCGACUACUACUCAACAUAUUUCCAAUAAUCAAUCUCUACUGUCAUCAGAACUCACCCCAAAAUCAAAGCCCUCGCAGAUUCCGGUUCCGAUCAACCCAUCAUCAUCAAUAACCCAAUCACAAAGGCUUCGAAAACAGCAAAGAAAUCCCCAUUCAAGAAAAUCUAGAAAAAAAUACACAUUAUCCACAGCACAACCAUCAAAUAUAGAAACCGAGAAAUUGAAUAUCAAAAACUUGGAUGCUCUAGAUAAAAAGGUUUUCUCGUUUAGCACUGAACAGCAUCAGAAAGAAGUGUCGAGUAGAAGUUCCUCUGGGAAUUACAAGUUUGAUAUGAUUAGUGAAGAGCCGGGUCCUAAAACUCUCAUCACUAACGCGAAAACCACAUUGAGUUUUGCUUCGAAAAAACAUCUAAGACAGCAUCAACAACAAUUACAAAAAAUACCAGAAAGAACAAACCCGCAUAUUGUAACAUCAGCCGCGCAUUACAACUUGGCCAAGUUCAUUAAUUCUGAUCCCCAAACCCCUUCUCGUGGCAAUGAUAAUACUAAUAAUAAAGAUGAUGAUAUCAUCAUUAGCUCUGAUGAUGAAGAGGCGAUACUAGCCAAUAGCACUUCGACAUCACCAAACACCAUCACUGAUAUUUCAAUAAAUGAGAAUACAAUGGCUUCUUCCACGACAGCAAUGUCAUCUCCGCUGACACAUAUUAUUACUACAUAUUAUGAUGAUGAAGAUGAAGAAGAAGCUGAUAAUCAACUGACUCUGGCAGUUAGUAAUGGUAAGAAAGAAAAUUUUCAAAAUGAUGAUGCUAAUUCAUCAUCGGGAUUUUUGAACUACUUCAACGACAAUAUUGAGAGAUUUCAUGAAGUUCUUAACAAUGGUGGCUCCGAGAAUUCUAAGAAGAAAAAGGACAUUAUUGAGAGUUUUUGUCUUUCGCAAAAAGUACAUAAUAUAGCUGAUGUGGAGGAGCCACGAAAUCAUCAAUUGAAAAACCAACAGUCGGCACUGAAUAAUCGACAAAAUGGCAAAGAUAUAACAGUUAAUCAGUUGGCGCACCAUUUAUCAAUGACUAAUCUUGGUGACAACAACUUUUCUGAUGCGGUUCAACGCAAAAAACUGACACAACUUAUGAAUUCAGGGAAAGGAAAUCCGAGAGUUAGUGUGCUUGAUAUUCCAGAGAUUGUAGAAAACAUUCUUUUUUUCGUUGAGGCAUCAAUUAUUAUGCCACUUCAGGACUCCCUGGCUCACCGCAAACCUUUAUCAAUUGACCAUGCGAAAUCAAUCUAUAAGAACGACCCGAUGGCCAGGGAAGCUUGGAAAGAGCUAAAAUCCACUAGAAAUCCUAAAAGAUUGAAUGAAAUUGUUUUGGCCAGUUAUUUGAAACAUGAUGCAAAUGGGAAGCAUUGUCGGCUGGCAGCUAACAAUCUUUAUUCUAGUACCACUCCACAAAGUGUGAACAAUUUCCGGAAUAUCAAAAUCAUCAAUGGGACAAUUUACAAUUGCUUGUUUGUCAAUAAGUUAUGGUAUUCCAUUGCUCGAAAGCUUAUAUUUAAAAGGAUUUUUUUUUCCAAUGAUCAGAAGUUCCAGAAAUUGAUCACUGGCUUGAGAACAAAUGUGCCUGCGAGCAUGGAAAAUGGAUUGCUUAGACCCAAUGAGGAGUUUGAAACUUUGAGAGAUCAGCUUAAAUCGUCAUUUUCCAACGUGUUAUUGCUUCAUAAAAUGAAACAUGUGACCCAAGACCAAAUCAACUUAUUGGCAAGUUACAUUGUUAAUAAUGGCGGGAAUAAGCUACAAUGGAUUGAAUUUUACAUUUGUCCUAAUAUUGUUCCUCCGUUAUCAUUAUUUACUUCUCAUCAUGAUCCAGCCCAAAGAUCACGACUCAAGAAGUUAGUGCUUGCCGGGUGUAACUCGAAGAAAAUCAACAAUUUUUUCCUCAAGAUUGUGGCCACCAAUUGUGAAAAUUUGGUGAAGAUCGACUUGAGAUCGUGUGAACAUUUUACCGAUGAUGGAUUGAUGGAGUUUUCUAAUUACUGCCAAAAGUUAGAGUAUUUGAACGUUGGAAGAUUCAAGAACUGUGAACAAAUCACCGAUAUUCUGAUUUCUUCCAUAAUCCGGCACUGUGAUAAAUUAACCACUUUAGGGUGUGCCGGGUGUUUUAUCACCGAUUCGUCAAUGUUCACUUUAGCUUCCAGUAGGUCAGGUCAAUCGAUUGAGAAAUUAUCCUUGAAUAACUGCCUUAAAUUGACCGAUGCGUCAAUCCCUACUUUGCUUGACGAAGGACAAUUCCCAAGAUUAGCGGUAUUGGAAGUUCGAAACGUUGUGAAUUUUACCAGUUUUGUCCCGAUAGUUACUAGGUAUCAACAACGGUUGGCGCAAGGAAAGGGUUUUCUUGUGGAGAAUUGUGAAGUAUUAGAGAAGAAAAUGCUCGAGUGCGAAUUCAGUUUGAACCUUGCCAAGUCACGUCAGAUCUUAAAAGAUAUUGAAGAGUGGUGUAACACGGCGGAAGAUGAUGGAGAUGUGACAUUUCAAGAGUUUGUGAAGAUAAAAAGGCGUGAAUUGGAAAUCAUGGAUGAUGAAAUGAUGGACAUUGAUUGA